GCUUCCAGCACGGGGCCCGCUGAUCGGUUGCGAGCAGCGCAGAAUCCAGCCGGGAGGAGUACCCACGUUCGCCCCGCCCCAGCCCGGCCAUGAGGCUGCCUCCCGCGGCAGCCCGCCUGCUGCCGCCGCUUCCCGCCGGAGCCGUUCUGUGCCCGCGACGCGGGGCCGCCAGGGCGCCGGAGCAGCUGGAAAAUAAAACCAAAGGGAAGCUCCAAAAGCAAAUCUGUCAAGUUGUUCUGGAUCACUUUGAGAAGCAGUACUCAACAGAGCUGGGAGAUGCAUGGAGCAGCGUCAGAGAUGUACUCACGUGCCCGUCAUGCUGGCAGCACGCCAUCCUGCUCAACAAAUUCAGCCACACCGCUGGCCUGGAGAACACCUUGUGUGCGCAGGGAUAUCAUCCUGCCUUCAGAGGAGCUUUGCCCUAUCUUCCGAGAUCACUGAAGUGUUACGUCAGUAGAACUCCUAGGAGGUUUCCUUCACAAAAACACCAAACUGGUAAACUGAAAGAAUAUUAUCUGCUCAACGCUGCUUCUGUGUUACCAGUGCUGGCAUUAGAGGUGAAGGAUGGGGAAGACGUUUUGGAUCUCUGUGCUGCGCCAGGGGGUAAAUCAGUAGCGAUCUUACAGUGUGCCUGUCCAGGUCAGUUUCACUGUAACGAGUAUGAUGAGCUGAGAUCAAGAUGGUUGAAACAGACAAUGGAAUCCUUCAUCCCACAUCCUCUGUUCAAGUUAAUAACUGUCUCUAAUCUAGAUGGUAGACAGAUUGGAGAUCUUAAGCCUGAGUUAUAUGAUAAGAUACUGGUUGAUGCUCCAUGUUCAAAUGAUAGAAGUUGGUUAUUCUCUUCUGAUAUUCAGCAAGCUAUGCUUCGGUUACUACAAAGGAGAGAGUUAUCUGUUCUACAGUUCCAGCUGCUAAGGUCUGCUAUCAAAGCACUGCGUCCUGGUGGAUCACUGGUCUACUCUACGUGCACUCUCUCAAAAGCGGAGAACAGCGAUGUAAUAAAUCUCAUUCUAGACUCCUGCGCUGAUGUUAUGCCUGUAGAUAUAAGUGAGAUUGCCAAAGCCAUUUCCCAGGAAUUCACUUUUCACAGUGAUACACAACGGCAUGAACUUCUGGUUCUGCCAGAGAAAGGGAGAGCAUGGGGUCCAAUGUAUGUAGCUAAAUUAGAGAAAAUGUAGUCCAUGUCAUGCCUGUUUGUUAGUUUUAUUAUUAAAUAAACUCUAUUUAUUUCUACUAUACUGUGUGUGUAUGAACACAUUUCCAAGUCAACUGAUUUUAGAGCUUUGCUGUUUUGUAUAUGCAGCUCCCUAAAAAAAAUGUAGAUGAAACAUAACCUAGUUACCAAAAAAUACAAAAUGUGUUCUCUAAUAUGGACUUGUGGGCUUCCGCAAAGUCUUUUUGAAGUCCACAGAGGCUUGCAUUAGUUUCAAGGUGAUGCUCUUAAAUGGAUUUGUAUUCCAGAACAGAGGCCUCUAUGGUGCUUUUUGCACUGUAUUUAAAUUAAUAAUUCUGAUUAAAUAGAGUAUAUUUUUCAAAAAUGGUUUGAAUGGUGCCUGCUUCUGAAGUAUUGGAAAUCCUGCAUUUCUUCUUGAAGAUAUCUAGAAAUGUGUUUUUUUGUAAGCUGAUUUGUAUGCAGAGUCAGUCAUCUUAAGCUCUGACUAUUCCUAGCAAUGGCAAAACAGGUUUCAUACAAGUUAGGUUGUUUAAUGGUUGAAAACUCUUAUGUUUACAGCUGCAAAGGUCAGCACCUAUAUCAACACCAGCUUUUUUUUUAGCUUAGAAAAAUAUAAAUUAUUUUUGAAAGCUCUUUAAAACAGUGGAUUUAGAUGCAUUUAGCUUUGGUACUCAGUUUGUGGUAUAAUGCAGUAUAUUGAGCUGGCUAUAAAGCACGUGGAACCAGAAUGAUUAAUAACUGCAGUACUGGCACCAUAUUCAGAGAGUUUUGUUACGAUUGCACUCAUUAUGAGCAAAACAGAUAGGGCUAAGCCACUUCUUCAGUCUCAAGUUAAGAAAUGUGAAAUGAGUUUGUGAUGUCACAUCUGUGGUGUGUACAGAAGGAGAUUCAGAUUCAGUGAGAAAGCGUGUAUUAAUCUUGCUCUUAGGUUUCCUCCGUUCUGCUAUACAGUGCUGUGGAGAAAUAUGGCUAUAUAGACAGGUAUGUACACGUUCGUGCAUAUACACAUGCAAACUGUGUUUUCCAGUGCCUUGAUAAAAGGUUGGCUUUUGCCUGUGAGCGAAUCAUGUAACAGUAUAUCUGCUUGGUUGUAUGCCUGUGUGAAAGUGGAAUGGAGUCCUUCUGUGCCACUCCUAGCGAAGAGAUUAAGUCCUUUUGCUGGUUGAAGCUUAUGGUAAAAUUUGAGGGAAUACUGUUGGAAAGAGUGGAGGUUUUUCUGUUAGGCGGAUGGCACGUGUUUCAAGUUUGCGCGACUGUGUGCAUAUGUAUAUUUCAUAUUUUGUAUAUAUGUAUUUGUGUGUACAUGUAUGUAACUAUGAUUUUCAUAAUUAAAAACAAGACUAAUGCA